AUGGAACCAACCAACUGGGAGUCACCAGACUGGGAACAACCAACUGGGAACAACCAGACUGGGAACAACCAGACUGGGAACCACCAGACCGGGAAUCACCAGACUGGGAACCACCGGAGUGGGAACCAGACUGGGAAUCGCCAGACUGGGAACAACCAGAAUGGGAAUCACCAGACUGGGAACAACCAGACUGGGAACAACCAGACUGGGAACCACCAGCAUGGCCACGACCACCGGACUGGGAACCACCGGAGUGGGAACCACCAGAGUGGGAACCAGACUGGGAAUCACCAGAGGCGAUGCUGCGGGCCCCGGGGCCGCUGGGGCCCCCGGCCGCCUCCUCCUGCCCGGCCCCGCCGCGGCCGCCGCCGCCUCCGCCUGCUGCCGCCGCUGCCCGGGAUGGAGCCGGUGCCCAAGGGGGUCCUGGGGGCUCUGGCCAAGCCCCGGCGCCCGGUGAUCGCCUGCAGCGUCUGCCAGAUCCGCUUCAACUCCGAGAGCCAGGCAGCCGCUCACUACCAGGGCAACCGCCACGCCCGCCGCCUCAAGGGCUCGAGGCCGCCCGUGCCCGCCAGGGGCGACCCGAGGGACCCCGGACCCCCGGGCCCACCCCCGCCCCCAGCCCGGCAGGGAGACCCUGAGCGCUCAGGGGGGCACGGGAGAGAGGGCCGAGAGGCCGAGGAGGAGGAGGAGGAGGAGAAGGCCAAGGCCAAGAGGCUCCUUUACUGCGGCCUCUGCAAGGUGGCCGUCAACUCCCUGUCCCAGCUGGAGGCCCAUAACAAAGGGACAAAGCACAAGACCCUGGUCGAGGCCCGCUCGGGGCUGGGGCCCAUCCGGGCCUUCCCCGGGGAGGGGCUCUGGGAGGACCCCGGCCGAGACCCCGAGCGCUCCUUCCACUGCCAGAUCUGCAACGUGCGCCUCAACUCCGAGCUGCAGCUCAAGCAGCACAUUUCCAGCCGGAGGCACCGGGACGGGGUGGCCGGAAAACCAAACCCCCUCCUGGGGAGGCACAAGAAGCCCCGGAGCCCCCCCGAGCUGGCUCCGCUGCCGUUCCCGAAGGAGCUGCCCAAGGCUCUGGCAGGGGCUCCUCCCACCCCCUGGCCCUCGCGCGCCGCCGCCGCCGCAUGGCCGCCCCCUGGCCCCUCCCCCCCGCCUGGCAACCAGCAAUUUACCGCCCCUGGCAACGGUUGCCUGGCAACAACAACACCCCCCCCCAUCACCCCCCCAGCAACCACCAUCAGCAACCAUCUGCACGUGGCAACCGUCUCUUAG